UGCGGCCUCCGGUGACAUUCUCUCUAGCGUUGGGGGCGCGGAGUGGUGUCCGCGCGGCUAAGACCCAGCUCCUUCCGGCCGCCCAUGCCCCAGCUGCUACCCCCCGGGGGGAGGCUAGGAGGGGCCUUGCAGUGUCCAGGCUGCUGUAUUGCUGAAGACCUUAUCUAGUUCACCCAGUCUUCCAGACCAUGUGCUCCGUGCUUUGAGACCAGGAGGACCUUGGUGUUCUGAAAUGAAGAUGGAGACAGUGGGAAAAGCAGAACUUGUUGAUUCAGAAGUUCCACCAAAGUCUUCUGAAAAGCAAGAAACUGCUCCUGAUGAACAUGGACCUAUAGAACUCGAGACACAAACUCGGAAAGACAACAUGCAUACUGCAGCAGACUCAGCAGUGCUUUCUUCAAUGCCUUGCUUACUGAUGGAACUGAGGCGAGACUCUUCAGAGUCUCAGUUGGCAUCUACAGAGAGCGAUAGGCCAAUGGGUGGUCGAGUUUAUGAAAGUGACUCUUCUAAUCACUGCAUGCUUUCCCCUUCCUCCAGUGGGCAUUUGGCUGACUCAGACACAUUGUCUUCCCCAGAAGAGAAUGAACCCUGUCAAGUUGAAGCUGCUGUAGAGGGAGACCUUUCUGCGGUGUCUGGGGCUGCAGUUGGGAGGAAAUCCAGGAGAUCCAGGUCUGAAAGUGAAACUUCAACAAUGGCUGCCAAGAAAAACCGACAGUCUAGUGAUAAGCAGAAUGGUCGAGCUACCAAGGUAAAAGGUCAUCGAAGUCAAAAGCACAAAGAAAGAAUCCGGCUCUUGAGACAGAAGCGGGAGGCAGCUGCUCGCAAGAAGUACAACCUGCUGCAGGACAGCAGUACCAGCGACAGUGACUUGACGUGUGACUCAAGCACAAGCUCAUCAGAUGAUGAUGAAGAGAUUUCAGGGAGCAGCAAGACAAUCACUGCAGAGAUACCAGCAAAGUUAUACGGUGUUCUGUUUGGAAGUGUGGAAGAUACAAGAGUGGAGCUACAGAUAACAAGUUUAUGCUUGUAUUUCCUACUGAUGAAGACUUUCACACAAGUUAUUUCUAUGGAUGGACCUCCAGUUAUAGCUCACUAUGAUAUAUCAGACACAAACUCAGACCCAGAAGUGGUAAAUGUGGACAAUCUGUUGGCAGCUGCAGUAGUUCAAGAGCACAAUAAUUCUUUAGGAAAUCAAGACUCAGGAUCUACCUGGAGAACCAGAGGGCUGCUAGAUGAACUGAGUGCUGAUACAGGUCAUUUGGAUCCAGGAUUCCUUGCAAGUGACAAAAUAUCUUUAAGUAAUGCCCAGACCAAUGAAGAAAUUAAUAUUGCCUCUUCUGAUAGUGAAGUAGAGAUUGUUGGCAUUCAGGAACAUGCCAGGUAUGUGCAUCCCAGGGAAGGUGUGAUUCAGAGUGUGUCUUCUUGGAAGCAUGGCUCAGGCUCACAAUACAGUAACACUCAGCAAACACAAUCAUGGACAGCAGUGACUCCCCAGCAGAACUGGUCUUCACCCCCAGAAGUAGUAGACCUCACUUUGGAUGAGGAUACCAGACACAAAUAUCUACUGUAAUGCAGUGUCCCUUUGUUUCUGUCCCGACCCCUUCUCCCCUUUAUGGCACAGAAGUUAAUUGUUAAAGCUUCAGCUUCAGAAGCUCUUUUCUUGGCAUUACAAAAUUCAAACGCAUUAUCUUUUUCAUUUCCAUAAGAAUGUAGAAGGAUUUCAAUAUAAUUUUAAAUGUUUUUGCCUUCUCAAAGAAGGAUUCCUCCCAGAAUUAAAACCUAAUAGCACCACAUUUAAAACACAUCUACAGUUACUAAUGUGUGUGUGUUAAUCUGAAGAAAUAACUGUGUGCAGACUUAUGUCCACCCACCUUUUCCCGCCUCCAACUUCAGAACAUUUUUAAUUUAUCAGUAUAUUCAAUUUGUUAGUAGAAGUUAGUGUUUUGCUGUGUGAGCAUCAGUGAUUUUGAGAAAUGCUGUGUCCUCACUGAUUUCAGUGGAACUGGAGGUAUUUAAUACUUCUGAAAAUUGGGCCAAGAGUAUUUUUACUCAAACUGAUUUGGUUAUUUUACCAGCAGGAGGGACUGUCUUUAAUGCAAACGGCCCAUAACAUAUGCACUGAACAGCUUUUAUUUUAAGCAUUUUUAUUUUCAAUAUAAUUUAUAGUUUGCACUCUUCAGUUCUGAGUAUUUUAUCUGACUACUGUUUCACUGAUCAUUUCCCGUGACUUGUUAUGGUUUAAAAUAGUAAUAGUAGUGAUUUAGCAGAUUAUUAUGGCAAAAGCACAGGAAAAAGUAAUAAAAAGGCCCAGCAUCCCUCUCUUUUUUUUAAAUAGAGCUGAAUUUUUUUGCCGAAAUCUGAGUCUUGCCUGGAGUAGGAGAGAAACAAAACAUUUUGCUUGCAGUCCUUAUUUCUACUGUUGCUUAUUUGCUUCAUUCACCAUCUCAAAAACCCAAUCCCAAACAAAUUCCAAAACCCCAGUCUGGCAAAGCACUUUAGCAUCUGUGUAGCAUUCAUCAAGGACAGUUUGCUGAAACUAGAUGGACCAUUCAAGUGCUUAAAACUCUGUCCUAAAAGGUAUUGCAGAAUCGCAACUUAAGGUUGUGAUUUUUUUGAAUUAUUAUUUUUUAAAAUAGAUCUAUACUAUUUUCCUGGCUUUAGGUCAUGUCUCUUAUACUGGUUUUGGAAUUGUUUUUUCAGGUAUGAUUCAGGAAACAGUUUCUACCAGAAUAUUUACUGAAAUCAGCAGAACUACUUACUUUAGCAGACUGUAGUUUCUGUAGUGUAUGUGGAAAUUCCUGCUACUCAUCUGUCAUUUUGAGGCUUUCUCAAGGCAAAAACCAAAGAUUAGACUUUACAGUAUUAUAUUCACUUUAAAUGUCUAUUGUGCAAUUAAAACAUUCCUUUGUAUUCCAGAUGUUUCUAGUGGGAAUUUUGUAUAGCUCUAUCAUCAGAUUUUCCACUGUUUGAGGCUGAACAGGCGGUAAUGAGGAAUUGGGAAGUUCUGUUUUCUUUUUGUGUUGGCUGGUUUUUAAAUUUUAUUUGGCUUCCAAAAAUUUUAUCUGCAGGCAAAAAAAGCAGAACAGUUCAGACUGCACUUUAAAGAACAAUUAGGUAAGGGAUUGAUAUUCCAAUUUCAAGCUUUCUAAAACAUUGAAUAAAAAUAUAUUACAUGGCCAGAAAAAUGUAUGUGGUGCUUCUAUUGACCGAUUUCUUUCUCUGGGGAAGGGAAAGAGGGAGGCAGGGGAGUGUGGAUGGAGCCCAUUCACACUGCAGUAGGGAAAAGCCCCGUGCUGUUUGGACACUCUAAUCAAUAGUGGCUGUCAAUCUUUUCUCCUUAUAUUUUAAUCACGCAACUCAGCCAUUGUUUUAGUGGGCUAGCACACAUUUUGUAACAGUAACUUUGAAACAGCGGCACACUGUGACCGCUUUUUCCUGUUUCACAAAGUCUUUUGAGCAUCAGUUGUGAAGAAAGUUGCAGGGACUCAUUUGUAGUUCUAUGAAAAAUGCAAACUAGCUCUCUUUUAGUUUGUAUAUGAUGUGACUAUAUAAAAACAACUGCGUCCUAACCAAGCUUACUCCAAUUGUUCACUGUGUUUGUUUAAACAACUAAUGUAUUGUAGUCUGAGGCAGGUUUUCUUUUAUUUAAAACACUACAUAUUUUUUCUUAUUCUUAACAUAUUUGAAAGGGUGGUGAGUACAGUAAUUUCACGACUAUAAGGCGCACCCUUUUGACUAAAAUUUUUUCCCAA